AUGCAUAAGUCGAACGGGCUGACGGAGAGGCUGGUGCGGACGAUCAAGGCGGGCAUCACCAAGUUCGGGUCGGAAGCGGGCCGGCGGACGUGGGACGAGUGGCUGCCGUGGAUGGUGAUGGGCUAUCGGAUGAGCCGGCAGGCGGCGCUCGCGGGCUACUCACCGUACUUUCUGACCGGAAACCCAUGCUGGCAUGCGCGACGGAGCAGAAGUUACUCGGGGACAAUACAGAUCUUGGUGACGAGGGGCGCAUACAAGGUGCACCAGGUAGGGGCGAAUGGACGACUUGUGUUGCUGGGCGCUGACGGCACGCUCUUCAAGGAGCACUCGGAGAACUGCGCCUCCUCCCAUAACCCCAACAUCGACCUCACCGUCGACUCGACGCUGACGGGCGUGCCGGCAAGCCACGCGUGCCAAGUCUGCAAGAGCGCCGGCAACCCCAGCAUGAUGCUGCUCUGCGACUACAGCCUGGAGGGGUACCACAUGGGUUGCCUGGAGCCGGCGGUGAAGAAGGUCCCAGACGGCAUGUGGAUGUGCCCGAGGUGCCGAGAAGCGGAGGCGCAGCGUGUGUGGCUCGCUUUGGCCUCAGGGUCCGCAGCCGGCGAGUGGGGGAAACCUGGAUAG